GACAGUUGCGGGUCCGAGGUAUACCGCGAAUGACCCGAAUUGCCAUUAGAAAUGCUGUUCAUGCCUUUCAGAAUGGGAAUCCGCCUGAGUAUUUUGAUACUAAGGAGGAAUGGUUGUAUUACAAACAAUUCAAAACUAUUGAUUUUAGUUAUCGCGUUAUUCCUGAAUUACCCGAAAAAUAUCGUCCUCAUCAAAAUGGAAUUGAUCAGGCACCUUUGCCAGAUUAUCGUGAGAUUAACAAAAUGCCUGAAUGGGCUAGGAAGGAAGAAGAACGCCUAAAGGAGAAAAAGAUUUAA